UUAUUAUCAUUAGUUGUACUCUAUUAGAGAGAAGCCCAGAGCUUAGAAUUGCAUUUUACCCUCCCAACUCUCUUUACUCUUUAGAUUUAGAUCUCCCUCCUCUUUCUCUCUCUCUAAACAGAAUAAAAUUUUUUCUGCUUUUGGAGGGUUCGCCUGUGCUCCGAGAUCGCUCGCGGAUUCCAUUAAACCGCUCUCAUCACUCACAUUCUCCUCGCGUUGGUUAUCGGCUUUCCACUUGCUGUUGCUUUGCAGGUCCGGAGCUCCGAUUCCGCUGCUGCCAUGGCGGCCGCUAACGCUCCGAUCACUAUGCGGGAGACUCUCACGUUGUCGAGCAUAGGAGUUAAUCCGCAGUUCAUCACGUUUACAAACGUCACUAUGGAAUCUGAUAAGUUUAUUUGCGUGAGGGAGACUGCGCCUCAGAAUAGCGUGGUGAUCGUUGAUAUGAACAUGCCAAUGCAGCCUCUGAGACGGCCUAUUACUGCUGAUUCUGCUCUUAUGAAUCCCAAUUCCAGAAUUUUGGCUUUGAAAGCCCAAGUUCCGGGAACCACUCAAGAUCAUUUACAAAUAUUCAAUAUCGAAGCAAAACAAAAAAUCAAAUCGCAUCAGAUGCCUGAACAGGUUGUUUUCUGGAAAUGGAUUACACCUAAGAUGUUAGGCCUGGUCACGCUAACCUCUGUUUAUCAUUGGCCAAUUGAAGGGGAUUCUGAGCCAGUAAAGAUGUUUGACAGAACAGCAAAUUUGUCCAACAACCAAAUAAUCAAUUAUCGAUGUGAUCCUUCAGAGAAAUGGUUGGUUUUGAUUGGGAUUGCUCCAGGAUCACCAGAGAGACCUCAACUUGUCAAAGGAAACAUGCAACUAUUCUCAGUGGAUCAGCAGCGCAGUCAAGCUCUUGAAUCCCAUGCUGCAGCAUUUGCCUCAUUUAGAGUUGCAGGAAAUGACAAGGAUUCUAUUCUGAUUGCUUUUGCAACAAAAUCCUCAAAUGCUGGUCAGAUUACAUCAAAAUUGCAUGUUAUUGAGCUAGGAGCCCAACCAGGAAAACCAGCCUUUACUAAGAAGCAGGCAGAUCUUUUCUUUCCUCCUGAUUUUGCUGAUGAUUUUCCAGUUGCAAUGCAGAUAUCCCAGAAAUACAGUUUAAUUUAUGUGAUUACAAAGCUUGGACUUUUAUUUGUUUAUGACCUCGAAACUGCUACUGCAGUAUACAGAAAUAGGAUCAGCCCAGACCCUAUUUUUUUAACGGCUGAAGCUUCUUCAGUGGGGGGUUUCUAUGCUAUCAACAGGCGAGGCCAGGUGUUGCUUGCCACAGUAAAUGAAGCAACACUUGUGCCCUUUGUUAGUGGUCAAUUGAAUAAUCUGGAGCUUGCUGUUAAUCUUGCCAAGAGAGGAAACCUUCCUGGUGCUGAGAAUUUGGUUGUCCAACGUUUCCAAGAGUUAUUUGCUCAGGCCAAGUAUAAAGAGGCGGCUGAACUUGCUGCAGAGUCUCCGCAAGGCAUUCUCCGCACUUCUGAUACUGUUGCCAAAUUUCAGAGUGUUCCUGUUCAAGCAGGGCAAACACCACCAUUGCUUCAGUACUUUGGGACACUUUUAACUAGAGGAAAGCUCAAUGCCUUUGAGUCGUUGGAACUUUCACGCCUUGUUGUGAACCAGAAUAAGAAGAACCUCUUGGAGAACUGGUUGGCAGAGGAUAAGCUGGAGUGCAGUGAGGAACUUGGGGAUCUUGUGAAGACUGUGGAUAAUGACCUGGCAUUAAAAAUAUACAUCAAAGCAAGAGCUACUCCAAAAGUUGUUGCAGCCUUUGCUGAACGCAGGGAGUUUGACAAGAUUUUAAUAUACUCCAAGCAGGUUGGAUAUUCGCCUGACUAUCUUUUCCUCCUGCAAACAAUUCUCCGAUCUGAUCCUCAGGGAGCUGUAAAUUUUGCACUCAUGAUGUCCCAAAUGGAGGGAGGCUGCCCUGUUGACUAUAACACAAUAACUGAUCUAUUUCUUCAGAGGAACUUGAUCCGUGAGGCUACAGCAUUUUUACUGGAUGUUCUGAAACCAAACCUUCCAGAGCAUGGUUAUCUGCAAACGAAGGUCUUAGAGAUUAAUCUUGUUACUUUCCCAAAUGUGGCUGAUGCAAUUUUAGCAAAUGGAAUGUUCAGUCAUUAUGAUCGUCCUCGAAUUGCUCAACUUUGUGAAAAAGCUGGUCUUUAUGUCCGAGCCCUGCAGCACUACAGUGAACUCCCUGAUAUUAAACGUGUAAUUGUGAAUACUCAUGCAAUUGAGCCUCAGUCUUUGGUAGAAUUUUUUGGAACACUUUCACGUGAGUGGGCAUUGGAGUGCAUGAAGGACCUUUUGCUGAUUAAUCUGAAAGGAAACCUUCAGAUAAUUGUUCAGGUUGCGAAAGAAUACUGUGAGCAGUUGGGUCUUGAUCCAUGCAUAAAGUUGUUUGAGCAAUUCAGGUCAUAUGAUGGAUUGUACUUCUUCUUAGGAUCAUACUUGAGUUUAAGUGAGGAUCCAGAAAUUCACUUCAAGUAUAUUGAGGCAGCCGCUAAGACUGGACAAAUCAAGGAAGUUGAACGUGUAACAAGAGAGUCCAACUUCUAUGACCCCGAAAAAACUAAGAACUUUUUGAUGGAAGCCAAACUUCCUGAUGCCCGACCUCUGAUUAAUGUAUGUGACCGCUUUGGUUUUGUUCCAGACCUCACUCACUACCUAUACACAAAUAACAUGCUCAGAUAUAUUGAAGGUUACGUCCAGAAGGUUAAUCCAGGAAAUGCUCCUUUAGUUGUUGGGCAGCUUCUGGAUGAUGAGUGCCCUGAGGAUUUCAUUAAAGGAUUGAUCCUAUCUGUCCGUUCUCUGCUUCCUGUUGAGCCCUUAGUUGAGGAAUGUGAGAAAAGGAACCGGCUUCGACUGCUUACUCAAUUUUUGGAGCAUCUUGUGAGUGAAGGAAGCCAAGAUGUGCAUGUUCACAAUGCUCUGGGUAAAAUCAUAAUUGACAGCAACAACAACCCAGAGCAUUUCCUUACAACCAACCCGUAUUAUGAUUCACGUGUUGUGGGUAAAUAUUGUGAGAAACGUGAUCCAACCCUUGCUGUUGUUGCAUACAGGAGAGGGCAAUGUGAUGAUGAGCUUAUCAAUGUAACUAGCAAGAACUCUUUGUUCAAACUUCAGGCCAGGUAUGUAGUGGAAAGGAUGGAUGGUGAUCUUUGGGAUAAGGUUCUGAACCCUGAAAAUGAAUUCAGAAGACAGCUGAUUGAUCAAGUUGUAUCUACUGCUCUGCCUGAAAGCAAGAGCCCAGAACAAGUGUCAGCAGCAGUUAAAGCUUUCAUGACUGCUGAUCUUCCACAUGAAUUAAUUGAGCUUCUUGAAAAGAUAGUACUCCAAAACUCUGCAUUCAGUGGGAACUUUAAUUUGCAGAAUUUGUUGAUCUUGACUGCCAUUAAAGCAGAUCCCUCUAGGGUUAUGGACUAUAUCAAUAGGCUUGAUAAUUUUGAUGGACCUGCGGUUGGUGAAGUGGCUAUUGAAGCCCAACUAUAUGAAGAAGCUUUUGCAAUCUUCAAAAAGUUCAACUUGAAUGUCCAGGCUGUCAAUGUUCUUCUAGAUAAUGUUCGAGACAUUAACCGGGCUGUGGAGUUUGCAUUCCGUGUUGAAGAAGAUGCAGUGUGGAGCCAGGUGGCCAAAGCUCAACUUAGAGAGGGAUUAGUUAGUGAUGCUAUUGAGUCAUUUAUCCGUGCAGAUGAUGCCACCCACUUUUUGGAAGUUAUCCGUGCUGCUCAGGAUGCAGAUGUUUACCAUGACCUGGUUAAGUAUCUGCUGAUGGUCAGGCAGAAGACAAAGGAACCUAAGGUUGACAGUGAACUUAUAUUUGCAUAUGCCAAAAUUGAUCGUCUGGGUGAGAUUGAAGAAUUUAUUCUCAUGCCAAAUGUUGCUAAUCUGCCGAAUGUUGGUGAUCGUUUGUUUGAAGAAGGUUUAUAUGAAGCCGCAAAGAUAAUAUUUGCAUUUAUUUCUAACUGGGGAAAAUUGGCAAGCACACUUGUGAAGUUGAACCAAUUUCAAGGUGCUGUUGAUGCAGCUCGUAAGGCAAAUAGUGCAAAAACAUGGAAAGAAGUCUGCUUUGCUUGUGUUGAUGCUGAGGAAUUCCGUUUGGCUCAGAUUUGUGGGCUUAACAUUAUUGUGCAGGUGGAUGAUUUAGAAGAAGUGAGUGAAUUCUAUCAAAACAGGGGUUGUUUCAAUGAAUUAAUCUCUCUUAUGGAAAGUGGGCUAGGAUUGGAGCGUGCACAUAUGGGUAUCUUUACAGAGCUUGGGGUAUUGUAUGCCAGAUACCGUCAUGAGAAGCUUAUGGAACAUAUUAAAUUGUUCUCGACCCGUCUUAACAUUCCUAAGCUUAUACGAGCAUGUGAUGAGCAGCAGCACUGGAAGGAGCUUACGUAUCUGUACAUCCAAUAUGAUGAAUUUGAUAAUGCUGCAACUACUGUCAUGAACCAUUCCCCAGAUGCUUGGGAUCACAUGCAGUUCAAAGAUAUUGUUGUCAAAGUUGCCAGUGUGGAGCUGUAUUACAAGGCUGUCCACUUCUAUUUGCAAGAACAUCCUGAUCUGAUUAAUGAUCUUCUCCAUGUCCUUGCACUAAAGGUGGACCACACACGGGUGGUGGACAUCCUGAGAAAGGCUGGUCACUUGCGUCUGGUGAAGCCAUAUAUGGUUGCUGUUCAGAGCAACAAUGUUUCUGCUGUUAAUGAGGCUCUUAAUGAGAUAUAUGUUGAAGAGGAAGACUAUGAUAGACUGCGUGAAUCUAUUGAAUUUCAUGACAACUUUGAUCAAAUUGGCCUUGCACAGAAGAUUGAGAAACAUGAGCUUCUUGAGAUGAGGCGUGUUGCUGCAUAUAUUUACAAGAAGGCAGGACGGUGGAAGCAAUCCAUUGCUCUAUCCAAGAAAGAUAAUCUAUACAAAGAUGCCAUGGAGACUGCCUCGCAAUCUGGUGACCGUGAACUUGCUGAGGAGUUGCUGGUUUAUUUCAUUGAACAGGGAAAGAAGGAAUGCUUUGCCUCAUGCCUCUUUGUUUGUUAUGACUUGAUUCGCCCAGAUGUUGCUCUCGAGUUGGCCUGGAUGAACAAUAUGAUAGACUUUGCCUUCCCUUAUCUGUUGCAGUUCAUCCGAGAGUAUACUGGCAAAGUUGACGAACUAAUCAAAGAUAAAAUUGAUGCUCAAAAUGAGGUAAAGGCUAAAGAGAAUGAAGAAAAGGAUGUUCUGAAGCAGCAGAAUAUGUAUGCCCAACUUCUACCUCUUGCUUUACCUGCUCCACCGAUGCCAGGAAUGGGAGGUCCAAGUGUUGGAGGAGGCUUUGGUGGACCACCACCUUCCAUGGGUGGUAUGGGAAUGCCACCAAUGCCUCCAUUUGGUAUGCCAUCCAUGGGUUCGUACUAACCUGCUGGGAUUCCAUUCCAUAUACAACUGUAAACAAAAUUAUGAGGAUGAAGUUGGAACUGAAUUCUAUGGUCCCUUUUAUUUUUCAUUACGUUUUUUGUUUGUUUUUGUUUAAUCCUUUCCAGGUUUUACUUUUUUGCAUGUAGUCGAUGGUUGAUUGGAUAAGUUGGAGGCUAGUUUUAAAAUAAUCAUUGUCUUUUGUGCUAUAGGGUGUUGAUAUAUAUAUAUCUUUGUAAUAUUCUUUUAGAAGAGUCAUUUUUUGCAGUUAGGCGGCAAGCUGAGGAUAUUCUGUAUUGCUCUCUGAUUCUUGAGCCCCGACUUCGUCCUUUGUUAAUUCAAUGAUUUUUUUCCUUUGUACAUUGAGAUAUCCAAACAUUCGUUGCACU